AUGUCCGAAGGGCAUGUGAAGGGCUCCCUGACCACCCAUGUGCUGAACACGGCCACGGGGCUGCCAGCGGCCGGCCUUGCCAUCCGCCUGGCCCAGCUGCAGGAGCCGGGGCCGCAGUGGACGGAGCUGGUGGAGAGGUGGACGGACGAGGACGGGCGCUGCCUGCCCCUCCUGGCACAGGGGCAGGCCAAGGCCGGCACCUACAAGCUGCGCUUUGAGACAGCGGCGUACUGGCAGGGCCAGGGGCACACCAGCUUCUACCCCUUCGUGGAGGUCGUCUUCACCAUCGCUGACCCGGCCCAGAAGCUGCACCUCCCACUGCUGAUCAGCCCCUACUCCUACACAACGUACCGGGGCAGUUAG